GUUGCUGUUACAUGUUAACAUUUCUCAAAGCUCAAGUUUGUGGCUCCCUUUUUUGCUCAUAUUCUAACCUUUACUGACGUAAUCUCAUUCACUUCUAUACCAACAACUCCCAAAUUUACAUUUCCUUCCCAGAUUUCUCCUUUGAACUCCAGAGUAUUGCAUACUCUCCAUCCCCAUGAGGAAAUCUCAAAGCCUCCUCUAACUCAAUACAUUUCAAAUGGAAUGAUGAUCUUCACUCCUCCAUGCCUGGGUUUGAUAUCUUGGUGAAUGGCACUGUAACCCACUCACCUGCAUAACACACAGACCUAGCAAUUGGUUUUGAAACUCCCAUCUCCUUAGCCCCCCACCCCAUAGUAUCCAGUACAUUAACAAUCCCUUAUAAAUCUCUCUCAGAUCUACCUAUAAUCUCUGCAUCUGUGCUAACACCAUCCUAAUCCAAGUUAACAUCUUUUCCUGCCUGGACUACUGUGUAACCACCCAACUGGCUUUGUGCAGCCCUCUUUUCUAGCUCAGUCUGUCCUUCCCACUGCAACCAGAAUAAAUGCAAGUAUUAUCAAGCUGCUUAGAUGCCUAAAACCCUUUUAAUUAGUAAGCAUUACUUGUAGCUGAAAGAUCAUAAUCUGACUGCCUCUCUGGCCCCAUCUUGCAUCAGGCUCCUCACUUGCUCCCUCUAUGCCUGGUAUAAUUUCAGUACCUUUAAUGUGUCCCAUUCCUAGCACAGCUGUUCACCUUGUUUGACACGCUUCUCCCUCUGUCCUCCUCAGGUUGCCUAGGCAACUCCUAUUCAAUUGACUGGAUGUAAGGUCAUUUCCUCACAGAAGCCUUCCCUGGCCCUCAGACUAAGUCAAAUUUCCUUUUUCUGUACUUUCAUAGCACUCGCUAUUUCAUAAAAACGAUUGUUGACUUAUAUGUACACAUUUGGUUGUAUAAUGAUUUGAUUAAUAUUUAUCUUGCCUACUACUCUAUUUAAUGAGGGCAAGGACUGUAUUUAUUAUUCUUACCGUUUCAUCCUCAAAGCCUAUUGCAGUGCCUGGCACACAAUAGGCACUUUCUAAAAGUCUGCUGACUGAAUAAACAGAGGAAAUGCACAAAUGAAGGGCAGAGGUCAUAGUAACUUGCCCAGGGUCAAGAUGGCAAGGCUGAGACUAUAGUUUCCAGUCCAGAUCACCAGUCUUCUGAAUAAAUAUCUUGUCCUAAAUUUUGUUCUAAAUCAUUGGAACCAAAGCAACGUCACAACUCAAGUCCAAUUUCUCGGCCUCCCGUUUUCUACAGAUGGCAUUUAUUCAGCAAUGGAAUGUUCUCCCCCAUCCCCUCUUUCACUCAGCUUCACUCCACCAUGACCAGAGCAUCUCUCCUGCUACUAUGUGUUGCCCUGGUGCUGCUUUGGCAUGUGAAUGGAGCCACACUAAGAAACAAAGACAAAUGGAAGCCACUCAACAACCCCAGAAACAGAGAUCUGUUUUUCAGAAGCCUUCAGGCAUAUUUUAAGGGCAGAGGUCUUGAUCUUGGAACAUUUCCAAAUCCUUUCCCCACGAAUGAGAAUCCUAGACCUCUCUCUUUCCAAUCAGAACUUACUGCUUCUGCAUCUGCAGAUUAUGAAGAGCAGAAAAAUUCCUUUCACAAUUAUCUCAAAGGCUGAAAGUUUCUUCUGAGCUCAGGUGUCUGGCUAUUGUAAAGCUACAGAUGAAGCCUCUCAUUAGAAAAAUUCAACCACUGUCAUAGCUAAACUUUCGUGUAGUUUCUUUCCCCCUCACUUUUAUUUUUCAGUUUGUAAUGAUUUUAUUCCACAUUUCCAUAUUUACAUAUAAAUCGCUGGAACUAUGAUUUCUAUGCAUAUUUAUGGAGUGUUUUUCCUGUACAACCAUAAAUAUUGAUGUAGAGCAGUGCAUGCAUUUGUAGGAGUUACAAAAACAUCACAAACUGAAAAAAGAUUAUAAUCUAAAUUAGAUGUUUCUUUAAGCUUGUUUUUAAAACUUGUCUUUUAAGUUUAUUAUCUUUUAUCAACCAAUUUUUUUUUAAAGGGACAUGCUCACUUUUAGUAUAGUAAAAUUCAUUAUAUGUGAUAGGGGGUUGGGUUUAAAAUUUGUCUUCCUUUCCUAAAAAGAAGAUGCAUUCCCAUGUUCAGCAUACACUACUAAAAGACCUCACAGUUUUAGUUUCAUAAGAAAUGAGGGCAAGUGAUAAACAGCCACAAUUAAGUUAAAAUGGAAGCAAACAACCACAACAAACAUGGGAUUUUAGAAGUUGUCAAUGCCUCUGAAGAUGUUCUUUGCCAGAAUAUUCAGAGGUGGACAUUGUGCCACAUCACAUAUUCUAGCAAUGCCCCAGCCCUUGCUCUCAUACACAACCU